GACUAUCCAGAUCGCCAUUUCGACCAUUUCCAACCGAAAACACUGCAAAACUCUCUCCCAAUUCAAGAAAACAUGUGUAGAGACAAAAGGGUCUCGAUCUUCAUCGCCUUCAUAACCUUUCUCUGCUUGGUUUCAAAGGGUACCUAUGCAUUUGAACCAGAAUUCGGGUCGAUCCGUGUAGUCUUUCAGACAAAUUAUGGAGAUAUUGAAUUCGGUUUCUACCCUAGUGUUGCGCCAAAGACAGUUGAGCACAUCUUCAAACUAGUGCGCUUGGGAGGCUACAAUACCAAUCACUUCUUUCGGGUAGAUAAGGGUUUUGUUGCCCAAGUGGCUGAUGUUGCUGGGGGGAGGAGUGCACCUAUGAAUGAAGAACAAAGGGCGGAAGCUGAAAAAACUGUUGUUGGUGAAUUUAGUGAAGUGAAACAUGUUAGAGGAAUCCUUUCAAUGGGAAGGUACAAUGAUCCUGAUAGUGGUUCCUCAUCAUUUUCAAUGCUCCUUGGAGAAGCACCUCAUCUUGAUGGCACGUAUGCAAUAUUUGGGAAAGUUACGAAAGGAGAUGAAACAUUGAGAAAGCUUGAGCAGUUGCCUACUAGACGUGAAGGGAUCUUUGUAAUGCCAACUGAACGCAUCACAAUUCAUUCAACAUAUUAUUAUGACACCAAGAUGGAAGCUUGUGAAGACGAGAGGUCGUCCUUAAAAAGAAGACUUUCUGCAGCAUCUGUUGAAAUAGAAAAACAGAGAAUGAAAUGCUUUCCUUGAUCAAGAGGGAAACGAUAAAGAGUUUCGGUGACUCUAAUGGAAGCUAUAUACUUUCUCUACCUCUUUAUACUGUGUAAACGUAUCACAUAAAUUGGGACAUAGAAUAUUAUUACAUGUUGAUUGUGCGCCAAAACUCAUGAAAUUAGAACAGUCCAUUUGUUAGGAAAGUGUCCUAUUGAGUAUUGACCAUAUUUAAUCAACCAUUCCAUGGAAUUGACUUCUAUGUAGCCAUUUUUGUUUGAGAUUUCA